AUGGCGGCCAGACCCAACCUCAACAAAAUCAAGGUUCCACAGUGGAUGCCUCAGGAGCCUGGCGCUUGGUUCCGCAUGCUGGAGCUAAUCUUUGUGCGCGAAAACAUCACCGAUGAGGCAGAUAAGGUUCUUCUGGUAUUGCAAAAUGUUCCACCCUCUGACACUCAGAAGAUUGUCUCCCUGGCUUGGAAAGCCAGCUAUGUUGCCGGUGAUUACGCUAACAUCAAAACAGCUAUCAUCGGAAUGAACACAAUCUCAGAUGACGAGAAGCUGAACCGCCUUUUUCACUCCGAGUCUCUUGGAGAUCAACGGCCUUCCGAGCUUUACUACAAAAUGAAAAAUCUGGCCGACAGCGUGGUUGGUGGUGCGGUACCUACGAACGUGGUUUUCAAUCGCUGGGUAAAUAUGCUUCCCACUAACUGCAUCAGCUUUGCCAAGGCUCUCGCCGACAACUUUGACCCAGCUAAACACCUUGCGAGCAUUGACGACCUGCACGCCCUGCUUGCAAAUCGCAGUGGAAAUCAUGUUAGCGGUAUCUCCACUUCUAGCCCUUCACGCAAUCGCUCUACUUCUCGCGGUCGCUCUGCUUCCCGCAACCGCUCCAGCUCACGUGAUCGUGCUUCCUCACGUGACCGCUCUUCGUCACGUGGUCGCUCCAGCAAAGGUGGCUCUUCCUUCGACAAAGGCUACAAUCCAGACGGUCCAUUUUGCUGGUAUCACUUCCGUUUUGGCAAAAAGGCCCGGAAGUGUAACAAAGACGGUUGUCCCCUUCGCAAGAAGGGAAACGACAACCAGUAG